CAACACUCACAUCAAGUAUCAUAUAUAAAUAUAUAUAUAUAUCGAUUAAAUUACAUUAAAAGUAUAUUACUGUCCUUAAAAUGUCCGCGGAAAUCGAGGAAUUGCUAAAACGCUACCAAAACUACCCCAAUGUUACUGGCAUCAUUAUUUUGGACCCGUUCGCUAUCCCAAUCAAGACCACCAUGGAGUACACCUUGACCGUGCAUUACGCGGCCCUGAUCAGCACCUUAACUUAUAAGGCGGCCAAAAUGAUUACUAAUUUGGAUGCUAGCAAUGAGCUAGUGACAAUACGUCUGCGCACCAAGGUCCACGAGGUGAUUGUGCUGCCCUCCGAGAACUACAUCAUUAUUGUAGUGCAAAAUCCAGGCACCUAAAUCAUUGUAUUAAACCAUGUACCAUUCUUUUUCGCUGAAUGUAUUUGCCCUUAUAAAGUUUUAAUUAAAGUUGAGAAAGCGUCUGGUCCAA